AUGGAGGGGCCUGGCGCGGCGGCGGUGGGCGCCGGCCCCGGCGGCAGUAACGUGCCCGCUUUCCUCACCAAGCUGUGGACCCUGGUGGAGGAUCCCGACACCGACUCGCUCAUCUGCUGGAGCCCGAGCGGAAGCAGCUUCCAUGUGUUUGACCAAGGCCAAUUUGCCAAGGAGGUGCUUCCAAAGUACUUCAAACACAACAACAUGGCCAGCUUUGUGCGGCAGCUCAAUAUGUAUGGCUUUCGAAAGGUUGUCCACAUUGAGCAGGGAGGACUGGUGAAGCCAGAGAAAGAUGAUACUGAAUUCCAGCAUCCGUACUUCAUCCGAGGCCAGGAACAUCUCCUGGAGAACAUCAAGAGGAAAGUAACCAGCGUAUCCAGUAUAAAGAAUGAGGAUAUAAAGGUUCGGCAAGACAAUGUAACCAAGUUACUGACUGACAUCCAGGUGAUGAAAGGAAAGCAGGAGAGCAUGGACUCCAAGCUGAUAGCCAUGAAGCAUGAGAAUGAGGCGUUGUGGAGGGAAGUAGCCAGCUUGAGGCAGAAGCACGCUCAGCAGCAGAAAGUUGUCAAUAAGCUUAUCCAGUUUUUGAUUUCAUUGGUGCAAUCCAACCGUAUUCUUGGGGUGAAGAGGAAGAUCCCCCUGAUGUUGAACGACAGCAGUUCAGCACAUUCCAUGCCGAAAUACAGUCGCCAGUACUCCUUGGAGCACGUCCACGGCUCAUCCCCAUACGCAGCUUCUUCCCCAGCAUAUAGUGGCUCCAACCUGUAUUCCCCGGAUUCUUCAGCCAACUCUGGUCCCAUUAUCUCUGACGUGACCGAGCUAGCCCAGUCCAGCCCUUCAGCAUCUCCCAGCGGCAGUCUCGAUGAAAGGAGUAGUCCUGUGGUCCGUAUCAAAGAAGAACCCCCUAGUCCCACGCGCAGCCCCCAGAUAGAGGAGAAUGAACCCAGCACCACGACUGCUGCAGCUGGCGACAGCACCACACAGCCUCAGCCCCAGGAAAAGUGCCUCAGCGUUGCCUGCCUCGACAAGAAUGAACUCAAUGACCACCUGGACACCAUCGAUUCCAACCUGGAUAACCUUCAGACGAUGCUGACCACGCACGGCUUCAGCGUGGACACGAGCGCACUGUUAGAUCUGUUUAGCCCUUCAAUGACGGUUACAGACAUGAACCUUCCCGACCUGGACAGCAGCCUUGCCAGUAUUCAGGAUCUCCUUUCGUCCCAGGAACAGCAGAAACCUACUGAGACAGAGGCCAGCACAGCAGACACAGGAAAGCAGCUGGUGCACUACACAGCCCAGCCCCUCUUCCUGGUGGACUCCAGCGCUGUCGACAUGGGGAGCGGAGACCUGCCGAUAUUCUUUGAGCUGGGGGAAGGGCCGUAUUUCAUGGGCGGAGACGAGUACUCAGAAGAUCCCACCAUCUCCCUCUUGUCAGGGACUGAGCAGUCCAAACCCAAGGACCCUGCGAUAUCCUAAGGCCCAGGGCAGGGUGAAAGAGAGGAAGAGAAAGAAUACGCACUAAAGGGAAAUCCAGCCGUCAGCCUCCUCGCUUUGCACAGACAUUGAAAGCUCUAAACACCCUCUGGUUCAUGUUCGCUUCCCCCGGCACUGUGAGGAUUUCAUUUGUGUGUGUGCUUAAUGAGGUGUUUUGAAAUCUGCUUUAGAUUCUAGCCACCCAGCGCUCCUCCAGUUUGGCGGCCGGCGGGGA